GUAGUCAAUUUAGAUGAUUAUUUUCUGUUUUUGCUAGACAGUCUAGUUCGUUUCCAGUAUAUGGUCUCCAAAUUGGAGUUUCUAAUCUUUAUUGGUAGCCGUUGCCAAAUACCUAUUUUUAGAACAACUUCGAUAAAAAAAAAAGGUCAACAUGAAGGACGCCAGGACAAUUACGGAAGUGAAAGAAAUCAACAUGAAUGCAACCGGGACAACAUCCGUAACUGAACGUAUAUUUAAUACCCUCGAUGUAUCUUUUAUGAUGUCUGGAACAUAUAUGGCAACUAUGAAGAAUACCCGAUCCAAGUUACAUCUGAUGUACUGCGUGCUUGUCACUUGCGUUGCGUUAUUUCAUGCUUGUAGAACUGUUAGCUUUUUUCUGCAACCUGCGACAUUACAAGACUACCUUGCCUCUCAUAUCGCCGUUGGUUGCUUACAACUUAGUGUUGUAUUUUUGAAUCUUGUCUACUGGUUCGAUUUCCACACAAAUUACAGGUUUCUGAAGGAGGAGUUUUUACGUUACGGAAUUAACUACGGGUUGCCAGAAUCCAUCCAGAAGAGACCAAGAAUAAUAAAAUAUAUCACGACCAGUCUUGUAGCUUGGAUACUGACAGUAUCAGUCGGUUUUAUAGUUUUAUCAUUUUAUAACGUACCAGAAUUGAAAAUAUACUACUUUCCCUUUGAUGGUUUGUCUGGAUGGAAAUUAGUCGCCGGUAUUUUUUUCAUCACAUUGUCAUCGAUUCCAUCAUUGAUCCGGGUUUCGACAAUAGCCUUGCUCUUUAUGUUUUGUACUUAUGUUGUAAUCAAGGAAUAUGAAAGAAAUUUUGAAUUAACAAAAUCAAACGUCGAACAAAUGACUGUUAUAAAAUUGAACAUGAUCAUAAAGCAGCAUGAAGCAGUCUGUGAUCUCUUGACAGCAGUUAACCAGAUUAUGAAACACUUUUUGGCUGGAAGUAUUGUAUUUUCCUUUCCAGUUCAUUGUUUCCUGUGGGUUACAUUAACCAAUUAUUCAUCACUGUCGGCUACAUAUUUCGCUAUAAUAUCGCUAUGGGCUAUGUUGAUUUUUUUAUCCACCUUUGGUGAAUAUUUCAUUGCAGCACACGUUAAUACAACGGCUCACAAAACAUUAGGUGAAGUAUGGAAAAUUGAUCGUUCGACUUUACCAGAAACAGGAUUAAAAAUGAUAAAUAUAUUUACUACCAAGUUAAGUGGAUCAACAAUAGGUUAUGAUAUAUAUGGUUUCUUUACGUUACAGAAAUCCAGUAUAUUAGCGCUAUUUGGUACAAUUCUGACAUAUUUUAUUGUAGCAGUACAGUUUAAACCUGACGGAACUGGAGAAAAGUGUUUGGAGAUUCUGAAAAACAUUACAUCUAACUGACGAGUAAUAAUUCGAGUUGCUUGCUGCUUAUUAUAAUAAUGAUAACACUAAAUAUAUGCUGAUAGCGGUACAAAAAGUCUGAUGACAUUAUGGUUUGUGCUAUAACCGUUUUAUGUCUCGU